GAAUUGCAGAAGCUUGAAUACAGUUUUGCUUUCUGCUUCCUACUCUACAUUCCACCUACUUUAUCAGUGACAUUCAGUUAAGUUAGAAAUCUAGCAUGCUGUAGAAAGUAGAUUUUCCACUUGUUUGUGGAUGUUACGUAUUGCUUUUCUCCGUUUCCACAUGUUGAAAUUGUGUUUCUUCAUCUGUCUCAUGUGCUGGGUGAAAUCAGGUGAGGAGAAAAAGUGUCCUGGAUUUACGGGUCUUAAUAUAGGCAAUGCUUUGACUGGAACGAAUCUCGAAGUCCAGCUACUGUUAUACACAAGGGAAAAUCCAGAUUGCUCAGAGAAACUCAAUGAACGUAAUGUUACAGCAUCUGAGUAUCUUAGUACCUCCAAGAAAAUUAUCCUUGUUGUUCAUGGCUUCAGACCAACAGGAUCUAUACCAGUAUGGCUAGAUGACAUAAAGACCCUUUUAUUGACUGCAGAGGACAUUAACCUCAUUAUAGUUGAUUGGAAUCGUGGUGCUACAACUCUGAAUUAUAAUACUGCUGUUGAAAACACCAGGAAAGUUGCAAAAAUACUGAAGAACUAUGUUGACCAGAUGCUGGCAGAUGGAGCUUCUCUUGACUUUGUGCAUGUAAUUGGAGUUAGUCUUGGGGCUCAUGUAGCUGGUUUUCUUGGCAAGAAGUAUAAUGGCAAACUUGGCAGAAUUACAGGUCUUGAUCCUGCUGGUCCUUUGUUCUCUCAAGAACCACCAGAAGGGAGAUUGUAUCAUACUGAUGCACAGUUUAUUGAUGUAAUUCAUACAGAUAUUGAUGCACUAGGUUUCAGGAAACCUCUAGGAACCAUCGAUUUCUAUCCGAAUGGAGGAAUGGAUCAGCCUGGUUGUCCAAAAACAGUAUUCAGUGGAUUUCAGUAUUUUAAAUGUGAUCAUCAGAGAUCCGUCCUCCUCUUCCUAUCAUCCUUGAAAAGUGGGUGCAACAUAACAGCUUAUCCUUGUGACUCAUACUUGGAUUACAAGAGAGGAAAAUGUGUCGACUGUAAAGCUUUUCAACCAAUGCCCUGUCCUGUACUGGGUUAUUAUGCCGAUAGGUGGAAAGAGCUCUUAAUACAAAAUAGUUUACCAACAAAAGCUUAUUUUGAUACUUCGGACCACGACCCAUUCUGUACAUAUAGCUACUUAUUGGAUAUUAUUACCUGGAAUAAAAGUAUUAGGAGAGGUUUCAUUAGAGUUAAAAUAACAGAUUAUGCUGGAAGGACAGUAGAAUCAGAAAUGGAUAGUGAGGCUGCAACAUUUCAGCAAUACAGAAGAGUCAAAAUACUAACUGGAUUUUACCAGGAUUUUGACAAAAUAUCAAGAAUUUCCUUGACCUUUUCUACAAAGACGGUAAUAGGACCAAAAUAUAAGCUCAGGAUUCUCCAGAUGAGGCUUAAAUCUCUUAAUAAUCCAGAAAGACUUCUGAAUAUGAACAUAAAGAAUGGGGUGUUGGUCCUACCAAUGCAACAUGCAGAGAAACAAAGGAUAAAGUGUAACUGGAGAUGAGAAAAAUGAAUUAAGAUUUCAGAAGAAAUGAAAAUGUUGUCAGAAGAGGGCAGCCUUUUCACAUAAACUAUAAACCAACAACAAUAUGGAAAACAUUUUGAAUUAUUCCUUUCACUAGAAUUAAGCACACCGCUGUGGGGUUAACCAUGUUAAGGCAACUGCAACAUACACAAAAUUUGAUCAGAGCAAGGAUGCUUCACUUUUUCUGCUACCUGAUCUUCAAGGAAUAGAGGCCUGGCUUUGUAGUGGUAGUGUUUUUUUCCUGUUGUGUUCAGACAAUGGAGUUAGAAAGAUUUUUAAGAUGAGUCAACAAAGGGAAAUCUGAUCCUUCUUUCUUUUUUCUUUAAAGGCAAAUGAACUUUUGAAUACUUUGGCUAUUAAGGGCAAAGUGCACUUGCUCUAAAUAUUGCUGCAUAGAGAUAAGUCAAUAUUUAGUUUAAGCUAGAGCUAAAAAAAUAUGUAAAUUAAAGGAGCAGUGAUUUAUUACUGUAUUCCUCUUCCUGAUCAUGACACUUACAUGCAUUAUGUAUUGGUAUCUGUUGAAACUUUUCAAUAUUAAGACCUUUCCCCAGAAGCCAAAUUAAAAUAUCCAGAGUCUCAGCAAAGCUUAUUAACUUGGGCACAGUUGCUUGUGACUUCAAGACCAGAGUGUCCUCCUGUCUAGGAGCUCAGAGCAGGAGUGGUGGGAGCUCACAUCUCAUCUACCCAUGGAAACUCCAUCUGCUCUUUGUGGAGAAAUUAAGAAGUAAAAGAUUGAUACAGGCCAAAGAGAAAGAUUGCAAUCAACUCUGUAGAUAUACCUUAAAUCCGCAGAGUUCUUUGAGCACAUGUGGAUUUACACCAGACAGAAAGGUAGCCCAAAAGUUUUCAGACCCUCUAUUCUCUUAAGAAGUCCAAAAUGGUCUGCAAUGUAAUUACUGUUGACUUUUGAAGCAUGGUUCAUUUAACUCUUUUAUAUACCUUUUCCAGCCUUUCUCAGGAACAGGGAAGUCUAUAGCUUCCAGAAGGGUUCUGCAGAGGGAGACUGAGAAACAGUGAGCUAAAAUAGAGGAAAAGUUGGGCGAAGUUUAUAUUGUCUAAAUUAAUACAGUGACAUUUCAUGAUGGAUAUGAAAAAAACCCUGAACGUUGUAUGAAGAAUACAUCUGUUUUGUUCUAAGGCUGAGAACCCCGCCUGCUAGCUGUGCAAGACAAUGCAUUCUACACAGAUUUUGUUUCUUAAAAAAUAGAAAGGAAAAGCAAGGCAAUCAGAGAAUUAGGAGUCUUGACUUACCAGAGUCUUGAUUUGUUUGUACAUCUUUAAAAUGGGAAUUUUGCCCAUUUUGAGUGCUUCUAAUUCUGGCUGAUAUAUCCUUUUAGCUGAUACAUCAAUGAAUCCCUGUGAGAUGUAAGAUAACACAGCCACUUCUUUAAAAAAUUUUUAGUGAAUUAGCUUCUACAUCAUUUUGACAAAAUGGUAGUCCAUGAGUUACAGGAGUCAUUUUUAAAGUGAUUGAGUGGUCUGAAGCCAGGACAUUGAGACUGGAGUCAGCUUUCUUUUUCCUUUUUAGAACUGACUAGCAGCAUUUCCUGUCCAUAGUUGUAUUAGGUUUUUGCUCCGUUAAAGCGGAAUUUAUUUCACUUAGCACAGAAAUAAUCUUUUAAAAUACACUUUUGCUUUGCACAGAGUAGUCUAAUUGAACUGGCUUGAUGUUAAAACUGUUUAAUUCUGCCUCAGAACAUUUGCUUUGGCAAUUAGGAGGAAAAUUCCAUGAAUUAAAGUUUCAUGUGGCUUUCCGAUAGAUGAGGUAGACUGGCAAGUGAUUUCCAAGAACAAAGGAAAAAAAAAAGCGCUGAGUUGUUGUAAUACAGAAACAUAUGAAAUCAAAGCAAAACCUAGGUUUGGCUGUCUCAGUGUGUCAAAACAAAGUCAGAUGUUGACUAAGCCAGUGCCUGGGAGCCUGAACUUCUCACUUUUUAAAAAAUAAAUCAGAAAUAUGUCCACUGAAGGAAACUCUAGUGCUAGAAUUAUGUUGCUGAAGAGCCAAUGGAAGCAAAGAAAGAAUCUGGUCUUAUAUCUGUAUAUAAACUGAGGUAAUUCUGUGGCUCUAAGUCUAUUUUAGUAUGUGUCAAAUGUCAAAUUAGAAUGUCCCCAAAUCUUCUUAAGGUUUGGAAAUCUAUCAUGAUCAGAAAUUCAGAUCUAGACACUUGGCUGAGUGUGGGCUCAAGUUGAGUUAAUGAAGUUUUCAGAGCAUGAUUCCAUAAAGCAUGUAAACUCCAGGUGAUUUAAGUGAUUGGUUAAGAUUAGAAUUAAUCUUAAGCACUUAAAUAGGUGUGUAAUUGCAGUCUCAAGCAAUUAAGUAAUUUUUGCUCAAAGAUCCAAGGUUUGCCUUGUGCUCAAAACUGUCAUAAAAAAUUUGGUUUGCAUGUCCUAUGCAAACCUAUGCCUUUGUUUCAAUUAAGAAAAACACAGCAUAAGGGAGGAGCAAGGAGUGUGGGCUCUACCAGUCCUGUCCCUCCUAUCCUUUACUCCCUCCUCAUGGAUGCUUUUGGUCUAUAGUUUCCAUGUUGCAAGCAAGUCUAAGGUGAAGGCUGAGAGUUAAUCAUAGCAUGGCAUACUGUUCAGCAUGAGGUGCAUGUGUUGUCAUAUAUAGGAUGACAAGACACACCCCAAUUCCUAUAAAAUAUGGCAAGGCAUCUUGUAGAUGCUGAGCAGAUGAGGCUUUGGCGUUUCAGUUCUUACCCAAAACAAUUACUUCCCUGUAAAGCCUUGGAUUUCCAGCUGACUUUCCUUAAAGGAACAGAGGGCUGUACAAAAACGUGUCAGGAUCUGCACAUGCAGUUUGAAGGUGUUGUGGUAUAUUUAAUGCAUAUUAUGGUAUUUUAAGAUUGCUGAAUUUUGGAUAUUUCCCAAUGUUUUGACUAGCAAAACACAUGGGAUCCUGGUAGGUCCUCAUUACUGAAGACACACAUAUAAAUUGGAAAUUUUCCACAACAGUAUGACUCUGCCUGUCUGUUAAGAACGGUCUCUCCCUGAAUUGGAGAGAGUGGACUUGUAUCCUUGUCUAUGUAUAUAAAUGAAGUAAAAGCAUUAGUCCUCUUACAGGUUAUUGUGAACCUGUCAGCGGAAUCCCUAGAUCAACCUUGAUUUCUCAAUACCUGGAUUUAAUAAAAGAACUCAUGUUUUUU